CCAAUCAGGUGCGCCGCUUCGGACUCAAGCAGCCAAUCAAAUGCUGAGAGCUGAAUACUUAAUCAAGCGUCCAUCCUCAUUCUUCUUCUCGCUAGGAAAACAAGUGCUUAUAAUUUACACGAGGCACACAAAACACAAGUGUCCUGUCUUGCAUGUUGAGCUGUUGCGUGCCAUCUCGUAUUCGCUAUGGAGGACCUUCAAGACUCCAGUUUCAGUGUUCCUAGUACCAUGGGUAUUGCUGAUGAACUGAAGGAUGAUUUCUACUUCAACCUUCUGGAUGACUUCCUUGGAUCGCAGACUGGUGAAUCAUUGGAUUUGGAUGAAAAGUGCUGCACAAACCGGCUGCUAGUUCAAGUUGGCUUAAUGAGAGAGGAUAAUAAUCUUUCGUGGAUGAAUGUAGUAAAAUGGCUUCAGAAGAUUUUUCCAAUGUUUCAAUCUGCAGAUUUUCGAGGUUUGAUUGAAAGGAAUACAGAAACAGCUAUGAGUUUAACUGGAGACUCCAGAGAAAGUUUUUUGGCGUCGAAUGUUAACUUUGAAUUUGUGGGCCCUAUAUGUGAUAGCAUUGGCAUCGGCCGAACGGAUUUGCUUGAAAUGUCUGACUUUUCUGAUCGUGCAAAGUUAACAGAUAUUACUAAUGGUCUGAUGCUAGAACUGACCAGCUUUAUUGAAAGAGAAAAACUCGACCCAGUUGUUCUAGUGUCAUGGCUUUGUAGCUUUGACUCUGACUUCUGUAGGGAUGGUAAAAUCCAUAAAGUCAAUAAACUCCUUAAGACAAGUCUGAAAAGGUUCAGGAUACAGUGUCGAAAAAAUCAAACAAGACGAAACAGGAGCAGUGGAUUGUACGAUGAAUUCCUUCGGAGUCCAUUUCAUCUUACCCCCGAUCCCCUGGAAGACUACGAAUUCAGGAGGGGGUCGAUAAUCAAAGGGCAUAUGAGAAGGAGAAGUCUUUUAUUCCAGAGAAAACAAAAUUUCCCAACCACCCAGAUAAAGGAAGAAAGUGAACCUUUUGAUAUCUCAGACUCACAAGCAGAUUACAGUCAAAAGACCGUUUCACUCGGCUAUAGGAAAAACAAACGAAAGCUGAAAUUUGACAAUGAUUCUGACCAGACAUUUAGCCUAGGAAAAGUGAAGAAGGAAGACAAUUAUCAUUGUCAGCCUGUUGAGCCCAUGUUUGACUUUGAAGAUGAGACCAAGGUUGAUACGGGCGAUUGUUUGUCCAUCCUCGAUAUCGCUGUGCUGUCGUUGCAGAAACUUACAGAAAUGUACGGAGGGCGAACUGAUGGUGCUAAUCUGGUGUCUAUGGAUCUCCUCAAGAAUCAGUAUGCUCUAAUGUUGAAAGAAGAUCUUAACAUGCAGUCCCUGAAUGAAAAGAUCUUGGCUUACAACUUGACUGAAAACCAACCUGUGGUGCCACCUUUGAAUUUUCUUCAUUGCAACACUCAUUUCCUUCUCAACUUUAUUGAUGCAGUUGAGAAGCAAAUCAUGUCAUUUGAAAGAGAAAUUGUGAACACUACAGGGGAUAAGCUUGGACGUGACAAAAACCCCAAAUUUAAAGGUUUUUUAAACUUUGAAGAGAGUGCUGUCACUCGGUACAUCAACAUGGCUUGUGAAAUCUUGUGUCCAAGAGGAGAAAGCAACAAUAAUUACAGAAGACACUGGCUUGCCUUUUGCGUCGAGAGGAAUAACCCUUCUAGGCUACCUGUCAAUCAAUCUAAUAGGUUCAUUAACUAUUUUGAGGCAGCAGCUGCACUUAUUCAUCAUUACAGUGAUGUUGCACUGUUUGUGUCUGACAUACAGCUACUGAAAGAUGACUCGAAUAUUUUUCUGGAGAGCAUUAAUUCUGAUGCUAGCGAUGAGGCCAUACAGGCUCUCCUCUGUGUGGUGGCAGUUGUGUACUGUAAAGUCUUGGGUCCCUUCUGGCAACUACUGAAGAGUGAUGCACAGUACGUGUUGUUCAGCAAGUACCUUUACUGCCUUUAUGAGAAGCUUCUAGAGUGGUCCCAUGAUGCUUCUGUUCUCUUGCAACCUGAGGCAGUCGCUAAUGUAUUUCUCCAGGUUCCAAUGCAGGAGAAUAACUUUCCUGGGGUAUUUACUUUCUGCCAUGGAAAUGCAAAUAACCAGUAUGGGGCACUAAUGAAGGAGUGCUUACAGAGGAUGAUGAAGGUCAUUGCAUCUGUGAUGGAGGAAAAUCUCAAAGACUUCUUACCUGGAGGUUUGUACUGCAAAGAUCCUUCUGGGGAACUCAUGGAACAAUUCGCUAGCUGCAUGUUAUCCCAGUUGAUGGGCGAGUAUCCGUUCGGUCAUACGUACUCCUACAACAAAAACAGACCGGAUAAAGCCCAAGUGCAGUCCGAGGAUAUGUCGAAUGAUGAUUCGGAUGGCGAUGGUGCUGUCUCUUCUCCUCAGGGUCCUGCUGUCAAGAGACGUUCAGCUUCAAAGCCUUACAUCAUGUUUGACAGAGCAAAUCUUCGACCGUUGAACAAAAUGAAAAGGAAGAGAUUGAACGAGUUGGCUGACAAAAGGCUGCAAAAAGUGAAAAUGCAAGACCAAAAUUACAAGAAAAAGGUAAUUGCUUCAGUCACAAAAAAUGGAGGCCCAUGUAAAAGCAUUCAAGAUGUUGAUCAACUGCUUCUGAGAAUGGAAGGAGCACACUAUGCUCAGAAGCGAGAGGCUGUCCGCUCUGAGUUAAACUACCUUAAGUUUGUCAUUGGUUGCAGAGACCAACGGCUGAACCGCUUAGGCUUCUCUUUGUCAGACCUGGUGAACAAACUGAAAGCCCUCUUGUCUUGUGAGAACCAGUCCACAAGCUUAAUCACCAGGCCGAAUAAACAAUAUGUCACCCAUGUUGGGGGUGAGACAAAUCAGAGUAUUUCACAAUUUACACCACAGGAAAAAGCCAUGAGUCAAUCAUCUCAUCCUUUCAACAGCAAAAUAGAUGUAAAGAAUAAAGGCAACUGUGUAAUCUUUCAGAGUUACAGAGAGACAACGUUCGAUGAAUUUUCACCUGGUUCAUAGAUUCGUGAUGCACUUUCAUGAUGAUGAUUCAUUCAUCACUUUAUUGUGUAAGAUGUCUUUAUUGUAACAUCUUUUGUUUUCUAUUUUUUGGGGAAAAAAUACAAUACUAUAACCUUAUCACAGUCAUGUGAAAAAAUAAGUACACCCUAUGGAAAUUGUUGGCUUCCUUGACAUAUUUAGACAAGCAAACAGUUGAUCAUUUUUAACAGUGCCCAGUAAUGAAGUUGAUAUACUUGAACAAAUCCAUAAGGAAAAUAGUUUUUUUCAAUCAUUUAUUCAACGGAACUAUCACUAGAUAUGUCCGUCCGUCCAUCCAUCCAUUUUCUAUAUCGCUUAUCCUUUCCUUCAGGGUCACGGGGAAACCUGGAGCCUAUCCCAGGGUGCCACUCCAUCGCUGGGCACAAUCACAACACUUUGGACAUGCCUACCAUGCAUGUAUUUGGACUGGGGGAGGAAACUGGAGUACCCGGAGGAAACCCCUGCAGCACAGGGAGAAUAUGCAAACUCCACACACACAGGGCCACAGUGGGAAUCCAACCCCCGCCCCUGGAGGUGUGAGGCGAACGUGCUAACCACUGAGCCACCGUGCCCUCAAUAGAUAUGUGAUAUUAUAUAAAUAAGACAGGUUCCACCUGCACUCCCUGAGCAGGUUCUAAUCACUGGCACCCAAUCUCAAACAACUGAUUGGAAUUUUAUGGAUUUGAAGGUGUAGGGAUAUACUUACUUUUUCCCAUGUGACUGGUCUGUUUUUUGUUAAUUUACAUUGUAAAAAUUACUACAAAAUUUCACUUGUAUGUCAUUUGAUAGUGUAUCAACUUUAUUAAUAGUCACUGUUUCAAAGAGGAUCAAAUGUUUUCUUUUCAUGUUUUCAAAUAUGUUUUUAAAAAAAAAAAAUAAAAAAAAAAAAAAUAAUUUUCAUAGGGUAUACUUGUUUUUUAAUUUUUUUUUUUUUUGUUUUGCCCUUAUCGAGUUUGUUACAGUUCAAAAGAACUUCAAGUAGACGUAUAAUGUUCAUUUAUUUUUAUAGCUCACUUUUGCCAAUAUUGGUGUUAAAUAAAACAUUUUUACUUACCUUUUAA